CCCUUUCCACUCCGGAGCAAGUUCUGCUGCUCACCGGUGCUGAGAAAGUAUUCGCAUUUACAGGACGGAAACUUUCAUGUCAAGAAACCAUACGAAGAAUAUGAAUUUGUAAGGAUAUCGGACGUGCCACAAGGAGCUAGCUAUGUCACCAACAACAGACUGAGCCUGUAUACAAAGGAGAGCAGCCAAAGGGUUAGCUUAAUAGCUUCAGCGUGUUUGGAUUUUACAAGCAUCCUUCAAAAUGAGUCCAGAGGGGAAGAAGCUGUUGAACAUCAUUAUCCUGGGCUUCGGCUUUAUGUUUAUGUUUACCGCUUUUCAAACAUGUGGUAAUAUAGAGCAAACGGUCAUCAAGAGCUUCAACAGCACUGAGUUCCAUGGGAGUGGAUAUACAAGCAUGGCCAUCAUCUAUGGAGUUUUCUCUGCAUCCAACCUGAUCGCUCCAUCAGUGGUGACUGUCAUUGGGCCCCAGCUGUCGAUGUUUUUUAGCGGGCUUUUGUACAGUGGCUACAUUGCUAUGUUCAUUUACCCAUACACCUGGAGCUUCUAUACCGCGUCUGUGCUUGUUGGAAUAGGAGCAGCAGUUUUGUGGACUGCUCAGGGAAAUGUGCUUGCAAUAAACUCUACUGAUAUAACCAUUGGUAGAAAUAGUGGCAUAUUUUGGGCAUUGCUGCAGUUCAGCUUAUUCUUUGGAAAUCUGUACAUAUACUGUGCCUGGCAUGGACACGUCCACAUAACAGACAAGGACAGGCAGACUGUGUUCAUCUCUCUGACCGUUAUCAGUCUGGUGGGGUGCUUCCUCUUCUUCCUAAUUCGGAAACCAGACCCUGAUCCUGCUCCUUCUGAGGCAUCGGAGUCGCUGCUGCAGGCUGAAUUUGUAGAGAGCAACGCAUCAGCUAGCUCACCACAAGCAAGCCUCUGUUCACAAGCUCUGGAUGCAUUUGUCAAAGCAUGUAAAAUGUUUGUCACCAAAGAGAUGCUGCUGCUGAGCAUCUCAAUAGGAUACACAGGACUGGAACUCACUUUUUACAGCGGGGUCUACGGGACCUGCAUAGGAGCCAUGAAUCAGUUCGGCAAAGACGCUAAGAGUUUGAUCGGCAUCUCUGGCAUUUUCAUCGGCAUUGGCGAGAUUUUGGGAGGGGGCGUGUUUGGGAUGCUUAACAAGUGCAACCGGUAUGGGAGGAACCCUGUGGUGCUGCUCGGGCUCAUCACACACUUUGUUGCCUUUUACCUGAUUUUUCUCAACAUCGCCAGUGAUGCUCCUUUGGCUCCAGAGGCAGGAACAGAUCUGCAGGCCUACGUCACACCCAGUGUGGCCGUGGCAAUGCUCUGCAGCUUCCUGCUUGGUUUGGGCGACAGCUGCUUCAAUACUCAGCUGCUGAGCAUCAUCGGCUUCUUGUUCCGCGACAACAGCGCCCCUGCAUUUGCUGUCUUCAAGUUCAUACAGUCCAUCAUGGCUGCUCUGGCCUUCUUCUACAGCAACUACCUGCUGCUUCACUGGCAGCUGCUCAUCCUGGUCGUGAUGGGUUUCCUGGGCUCUAUGACUUUCUUUAUGGCUGAGGCUCUGGCUGAAUCUACAAGGCGAGAAACGGACUAUGAAAGCAUCUGAUGUGAGACUGGUGAGGAGGAGGAUGAGGAGGGCACAGCUGGAGGAGUUUAGCCUUCCACAGCUGGAAAUAUAUCCCAGGGAUAGUGAUAAUGAAGAUACCACAGCUUGACAGUGUGGUAUGAUUCCUGAAGUAGCCUGGUACCAUUUAUCUUUGUAAUUAUAUGACAUACUGUAUAUUAAAAAGGUUUGUCCAGUGGGGGUCCAGUGUGCACUAAAGUUAUCCUUACUUUGGUUCAUUCUGGUCAUGUUGUAAUUAUGUAGUGCACAAACAUAUCAGAAAUUGGAAAAAAAUGGUGUAAUAUAUACCUCAAAAAGACUCGGCUGAGACAUCAAUAAUAGAAAUCUUGAUUUGGACAUAAAGCACUUCUGAUUCAAGGUCUGUUAUUGAAAAUGUACAUGGGUGGGUAAUGAGAUCCCACUGCUAGUGCCUGUAUGAAAAGAACCUAAAGAAAUAUACUCAUUUUGUUAUGAAGCAGCUUUACAUAAAACGAACAUCUUUGUCUCUGAGUGCUGCUGCUCAGGGUGCAUGCAACAACUUAUAUCAAGAAUUUCAGUAUUUUGAAACCCGGAUAAAAAGUUUGAAAUUGCCCAUUGUAGAUCACUUUUAGAAACAGGCAUACACAUGGCUGUACUGGCUGCAAUGUACUCCUUUAGGGUUGAGAGGCCAUUAUCUAAGCAGUUCUAUCAAAAACAGCUGAUGUUGUCGGCAACAGGCUCAGCAUGUUGUUUUAAAUGGCACCAAACUUGAUUGAUAAAAGACUAGGUUAAACUCUCUAAACAGGAGUUGCUGAUCUGCCUCUGCAUUGGUCUAUAAGCCUGUUUAUAUAAUCGUAGGAUUUGUGCAUUUAAAAUUGUAAGUUCAAGCCCAACAAUAUUAAACGCACAAUAACAAACUCUGAUAAGGAUAGAAGAAGUAUAGCAACUCCUGUAUUCUUAGGUAACAUUGAUGCUUUUGCCAGUAGAGUCCUGUUGGUUUAAGAAGAGAUGUAACUUUUUAUUCUGUUUAAAAAGUAACCAAAUCUUAUACAGAAAAACCCCACUCGUGGACUGAGAAUGUUAUUUAAAAUAAAAAUGUAUUUCAUUAACAAAAAUUGGAGCUCUGCCUCACUGACUACAGGAGUUGCUGCUCUACCUCUGCUUUGAUGAGUGAGCCUGUUUAUAUAAUUUUGGGAUGAGGGUAUUUAAGCGGUUUGUUCAAUUCCACAAUAUUUAUGAAACGCACAAUGCCACCUGAUGAAGGCAGAGGAAGCAUAGCAACUCCCAUAUUCUUCAAAGUAACACUGGUUCUUUUACCAAUAGAGCCCUGUAGUCUAAAAAAGAAACAUGGAACUGCCUGUUCUGGUCUAAAAGGAACCCAGUCAUAUACAGAAAAACCCCACUCAUUGGCUAAGAUUGUUAUUCUAAAUAAACAAAGAUUCCACUGACAAAAAUUGGAGCUGUACCUCAUCAAACAUGGGAAUUUGUGGUCUACCUCUGCUUUGGUGGGUGAGCCUGUUUGUAUAAUUUUGGGAUGAGGGUGUUUAAAAUAGUUAGUUCAAGCCCAACACUAUAAAACACAAAAUGGUAAACUAAUGAAGGCAGAGUAAGAACAACAACUCUUGUAUUCUUUGAGGUAAAAUUGGUGCUUUUGCCAGUAGAGUCCUGUGGACUUAAGAAGAAACAUGUAACUGCUUAUUCUGUUUUAAAAGGUGCCGAUUCAUAUUCAGAAAAAUCCACUGAUGGGCUAAGAAUGUUAUUCUAAACAAAAAAAGGAUUCUAUUAAAAAAAAUUGAGCUCUACCUCACCAAACAAAGGAGUUGCUGAUCAACCCCUGCAUUGAUCUACAAGCCUGUUUUUAUAAUUGUAGGAUGUGGGCAUUUUAAAUGGUUACUUCAAGCCCAACACUAUUUGUUAAAUUCACAAUGACAAACUGAUGAAGGCAGUGGUAGCACAACAACUCCUUUUUUUUUCUUUCAGGUAAAAUUGGUAUUUUUGACAGUACAGUAGAGUCCUAUGGCCUUAGAUAAAAACAGAUUACAUUAACAAAAAUUGUAACUUUACCUCACUAGAGAUGGGAGUUGCUGAUCUACCUCUGCUUAAACGGAUAAGCAUGUUUAUAUAAUUGUGAGAUAUGGGUGUUUUAGAUAGUAAUCACACAUUCAACACAGUAGUGAUAGCGCACACAAUAACACAAGCUAAUCAUGGCCUAAAAACUUGAGCAACUACUACAUUCUAUGAGGUGAAAUUUUUAUUUUUUGUUACUGGAGUCAGUGGCUUCAUGGAUGAAAAUCUGCCAUUUCCUCUUCAAAAACAAUCUUAAUAUUGAAGAAAUAGGGCCAUUUACAGGCUCUGAAUAUUUUUCUAAAUGGUACAAGACUCUUAUUAACAAAAGAAUGCCUUUUACCUUGCUAAAUGUGGGAGUUGCUGAUCUACCCACACUUUGAUCUGUAAGCCUGCUUGAAUAAUGUGGAAUGUAGGGGUUUUAAGUUCAGUUUCAACACAACAGUAAUGAUAUGUUUAAAAACACAAGCUUAUCGGGGCAGAGGAAGCUCAGCACCUCUCGUGCUCUUGGAGCUAGAGUUGGUGUUUUUUUCAAGAGAGUUAAGUAGCUUUAGAAAGAGAAUGUUACUGCCAUAUCUGCUGUAAAAGAGGAGCUUACUCAUUCACAAAAAGGCUGAUGGCUGUCUCAGAAUGCGGUUCAAAACAAUUCCAAUAACAAAAAAAGGAGUUUUACAACACAAAAUAUGGGGGUUGCUUGUCUACUCAUCCUUCCAUCUGUAGGCCUGAUUGAUACUUUUGGGUGUUUUUGAAUACUUAGUUUAAUUCCAACACAAUAUUUAUGAAACACACAUUAGCACAAGCUCAUCAAGGCAGAAGAAGCUCAGCAGCUCAUGUUUUCUUGGAAGUAGAGUUGGUGUUUUGUCAGUGGAAACAUGGGAGUUGCUGAUCUACCCCUACCUUGAUCUAUAAAGCUGUACAGACUGUAUAAUCAUGAACAAUAUAUUUAUGGGGUAAGGGUGUUUUAACUGUUCAUCAAAGUCCAACACUAUGUCUAUGAAACACACUACAAGGAAGGCAGCAGAGGCCAAGCACCUUCUGUGUUUUUUUAAGGUAAAUUUGGUGUCUUUGUCAGUGGAGUCCAGCUGCUUUUAGAGCAUCUAUUUUAUUGCAGUUUCUGGUGGUAUCUCUAGAAAUCUGUUCUGUAUUAUUGAUGCCAAGAAUUACAAUUUAAGCCAGUCAGUGGCAAAAACAAACAUGUUCUGCAGAUUUUCACCAUGUUUAAGUUGCAGCCAUUACAGCUUGUAUUGCACCUGGCAUAUGAAAUUAUUUAUACCUACUAGCAUGAGUCAUUCAGACCCUGAAUUAAACUUCAUUAGGUAUACCUAUCCAACUGUUUAUUAACGCAAAUAUCUAAUCAGCCAAUCACAUGCCAGCAACCAAAGUGUUAAUGCAUGUAGGCAUGGUCAAGAUGAUGUGCUGAAGUUCAAACUGAACAUUAGAAUUAGAAAGACAGGUGAUUAAAAUCGCCUUUACCAUUCUGAUGCUUGACCAUGUUAACAUGCCUAAAUACACUGAUUGCUGCCUUAUGAUUGGCUGAUAAGAUACUUGUGUUAAUGAGCAAUCAAACUGGCAUACCUAAUGAAAUGAUCAGUGAGUGUAUGUCUCAAUGGGUAGGUUUAAAAAUACUGGAAUUCCCCUUUGAAAUGACCAUUUAACAUGCCUUGCACUCAUAGCAACAUAUCAUGCACAAAAUCAACCAUGAUUAUAAUGCAUUACUGAAAAAAACACCCAUCUGUGAAAAUACAGUUCAUCAAACUGGCUUUGUAAGAGAUGCUGUCAAAAACAAUUAUACACUGAAGCAAUUGUGUUGUCUGUCCACUGCUGUACUUCACAGUUUAUCAGACAUGUUAAGCUGCAGUCACAAGCGAUUCACAGCCUGCAAUGAACUGUAAAGACAAAUAUUUAUCAGUCAGUUCUCUUCUGGUUAUGUGUUUGAUUUAAAGACAUUACAGCAGUUAGGGAGCAAACAGUUUAAAGGGAAACACUGUCAAUAUUUGUGUGUGCUAACUUCAUUUCUAAUCUUAUUUUUAUAUGUUCUCUUUCUUUUCUCAGUCUUUCAUUAUACCCUUAAUGCUGUGUAGCUGGUUUAUCUGUAAUAAGAUCCACAUUGGCUGGAUUACCCGUGACUCUGCAUUCCAGUGAACUUAUUGUUAUUGACAGCGGGUGACUUCAUUUAGCUAAAACAAACAGAAAAUUAAAUACCAGUCCUUUUUUUUCUUCCUUUGAAACUUUCUUUUAACUUCGAAUAUGGAGUAAAAAAAGAUUUCAACUGAAAAAGAAGGCCAGUUAGAGCAGAAAGCCAAAGAUUAGUCUUGUUUUUUUUUUUUUUUUCUGUCACCUGUGUUGUUGCACCCUGAAUGAAAUAAUUUUGAUAUUGUCUCUCAGUUUAAGCUGAUCUGAUGCCAAACCAUCACAGUGCUAAAAAAGGCCUUAGGACUCGUCCUUUACAAAUAGAUUUAUGUUUUAUUUUAAGUGGAAAAGGGUGUUGAGGAACUGUACCACACAUGCUGUAGUUUUUUUCUCAUGUUAAAGUGUCAGAAUUUGAAUUACAGUAAAUUAUUCUGGUUAAUUUAUUGCUGAAGGAAACAUCAGGGGAUGGGUUUGCUCAGUUUUUUUGGUGUUGCAAUCAAUCUCAAGGAUAUUAAGGGAAAUGCAUGUGUACUAUAAGAAAUGUGAUUUUAUACUUGAAUGUAGUAAUGAAUGGCGCCCAAACUUUUGCUUGCUUGUUUUUAUUAUCAAUAAAAUCUUAUUUUGAA